UUUUAAAUUUGUACUGUUUUGCCUCCAUUAAGAACUCAUACCUGAUCAUCGAGAAGUAUUAUCGAUUUGAAACAAAUGCAAACAAUCUGUCGAUCAUUUCAUGGUGUACAUGCACGUUAAUUUUACGAUAUCAAGAAGAUCGUUCAGAAUAUUAAUAAUAUUAAUAAUAUUAAGAAGAACUUUAAAGUAAAAUAUAAACAAGUUUGAAGUGCAAGAAUGGGUCGAGCAUGCAUAGAGCUCUGGACAAACGUCCACUACGUUUUAAAGUUUAUAGUAGUUGUAAGUUGAAUUUUAUUAAAUUGAUACAUCAUUGAAAGCAAUAUAAUUAAUAAAGUUCCUUUUCUUUUAGUGCCUCAUGGUGCUCGUGGAAUUUUUAGUCUUCGAUGUGACCACGAAACAAUACUAUCGUUACGCUUAUUUAGAAGGAUAUUACUUGAUCGCUCUUUCAUAUUUAGUAAUCGUUUUGUAUGGGUACACCUGGUUCGACUCAACUCCGAUUCUGGAAACUUUAAUAGUGGGUGCAUCGAUAGUUAUGAUGAUCUUUACGAUUAUUUCUUACGUCCGCUACGACGAAUCGAUGUACAUAGUACAUAGGUACGAGCAUUACAAAUAUGUAGUUUUCAUUGUAAUGACCCUGGUGGCGCUCGUACUACUCAUCAUCGACUUCAUUCUGCUUAUAAUGCAAGCCUUAGGAAAGAGCCCAGGCUUCAUGAAAAGUUCAGGCAGAUCGAGGCAAACCGUAGGCGAUUAAAAUUUCCAAUUGAAACGAC